GCGGGAGCCGGAGGAGCCGCGGGAGCCGGGCCGGGAUGAGAAGGUGACGCCGCCGGGGGGCGCCACUCGCUUUGUGGGAAGAUGCUCGCCUACUGCGUGCAGGACGCCGCCGUGGUGGACGUGGAGAAGCGGAGGAACCCCUCCAAGCACUACGUAUAUAUCAUCAAUGUGACCUGGUCAGACUCCACGUCCCAAACCAUCUACCGGAGGUACAGCAAGUUCUUUGACCUGCAGAUGCAGCUUUUGGAUAAGUUUCCCAUUGAAGGUGGCCAAAAGGACCCCAAGCAGAGAAUCAUCCCCUUCCUCCCAGGCAAGAUCCUCUUCCGGAGAAGCCACAUCCGGGACGUAGCUGUGAAGAGGCUGAAGCCCAUCGAUGAGUACUGCCGGGCACUCGUCCGACUGCCUCCCCAUAUUUCACAGUGUGAUGAAGUCUUUCGGUUCUUUGAGACUCGACCAGAGGAUGUCAACCCCCCAAAAGAGGACUAUGGCAGUUCCAAGAGGAAAUCAGUGUGGCUGUCCAGCUGGGCUGAGUCUCCCAAGAAGGACGUAACAGGUGCCGACACCAACGCCGAGCCCAUGAUCCUGGAACAGUACGUGGUGGUGUCCAACUAUAAGAAGCAGGAGAACUCGGAGCUGAGCCUCCAGGCCGGGGAGGUGGUGGAUGUCAUCGAGAAGAACGAGAGCGGCUGGUGGUUCGUGAGCACCUCUGAGGAGCAGGGCUGGGUCCCUGCCACCUACCUGGAGGCCCAGAAUGGUACUCGGGAUGACUCCGACAUCAACACCUCCAAGACUGGGGAAGUGUCCAAGAGACGCAAGGCCCAUCUGCGGCGCCUGGAUCGCCGGUGGACCCUGGGCGGGAUGGUCAACAGGCAGCACAGCCGAGAGGAGAAGUAUGUCACUGUGCAGCCUUACACCAGCCAAAGCAAGGACGAGAUUGGCUUUGAGAAGGGAGUCACUGUGGAGGUGAUCCGGAAGAAUUUGGAGGGCUGGUGGUACAUCAGAUACCUGGGCAAAGAGGGCUGGGCACCAGCAUCCUACCUGAAGAAAGCCAAGGAUGACCUGCCAGCCCGGAAGAAGAAUCUGGCAGGCCCAGUGGAGAUCAUCGGGAACAUCAUGGAGAUCAGCAACCUGCUGAACAAGAAGGUUUCAGGGGACAAGGAGACUCCACCGGCUGAAGGCGAGGGCCCCGAGGCCCCUAUUGCCAAGAAGGAAAUUAGCCUGCCCAUCCUCUGCAACGCCUCCAAUGGCAGUGCCCUGGGGGUCCCCGAGAGGACCGUCUCCAAGUUGGCCCAGGGCUCCCCAGCUGUGGCCAGGAUUGCCCCACAGAGGGCCCAGAUCAGCUCCCCAAACCUAAGGACGAGACCUCCACCUCGCAGAGAAUCCAGCCUGGGGUUCCAGCUGCCGAAGCCUCCAGAGCCCCCUUCUGUUGAGGUGGAGUACUACACCAUUGCCGAAUUCCAGUCAUGCAUUUCGGACGGGAUCAGCUUUCGGGGUGGACAGAAAGCAGAGGUUAUCGAUAAGAACUCAGGAGGCUGGUGGUACGUGCAGAUCGGUGAGAAGGAGGGCUGGGCCCCUGCAUCCUACAUCGACAAGCGCAAGAAGCCCAACCUGAGCCGCCGAACGAGCACACUGACCCGGCCCAAGGUACCCCCACCGGCUCCCCCCAGCAAACCCAAGGAAGCUGAGGAGGUUCCAGCGGGUGCGAGUGAGGGCCAGGACUCCCCACUGAAACUCAAAUAUGAGGAGCCCGAGUAUGACAUCCCGGCCUUUGGCUUCGACUCGGAGCCAGAGCUGAGUGAGGAGCCGGCAGAGGACAGCGGCUCUGGGGACAGGCGGCCCUCCCAGCCCCGCAGGCCCUCGCCUGCCUCUUCGCUGCAGCGGGCCCACUUCAAGGUGGGUGGGUCUUCGGAGGACGUGGCCCUGGAAGAGGAGACCAUCUACGAGAACGAGGGCUUCCGGCCAUGUGCAGAGGAUGCCCUGUCAGCCAGGCGCUCCUCCCGGGACAGUGACUCCCCCGGGGGCUCCCCACUGUCCCUUGCUAGGAAAAACUCCCCCAAAUCAGGCUCCCCCAAAUCUUCAUCGCUCCUAAAGCUCAAGGCAGAGAAGAAUGCCCAGGCGGAACUGGGGAAGAACCACUCCUCGGCCUCCUUUUCCUCAUCCAUCACCAUCAACACCACCUGCUCCUCCUCCUCCUCUUCCUCCUCCUCCCUGUCCAAGAACAGUGCUGACCUGAAGCCCCGUUCUGCCUCGGACGCUGGCAUCCGCGGCACUCCCAAGGUUGGGCUGAAAAAGGACACUGACCUGAAGGCCGGACUGACCUCCUGUGCCCGGGCCAAGCCUUCAGUCCGGCCCAAACCAUUUCUGAACCGAGCAGAGUCGCAGAGUCAAGAGAAGAUGGACAUCAGCACUUUACGGCGCCAGCUGAGACCCACAGGCCAGCUCCGGGGCGGGCUCAAGGGCUCGAAGAGUGAGGAUUCAGAGUUGCCCCCCCAGACGGCCUUUGAGAGUCAGAGUGAAGGGUCCAGGAGAGGCUCGGCCGACCUCAUCACCCUCCCAGCCAACACACCCCCGUGUCCCACCAAGAAGGGGCGAGAAGGGCAGCCCACCUCCUACGUGACGUGCAGUGCCUACCAGAAGGUCCAGGACUCAGAGAUCAGCUUCCCCGCGGGCGUGGAGGUGCAAGUGCUAGAGAAGCUAGAGAGCGGCUGGUGGUACGUGAGGUUUGGGGACCUGGAGGGCUGGGCCCCCUCCCACUAUUUGGUGCUGGGUGAGAACGAGCAACCUGACGCCUCUGGCAAGGACGCCGUGACCGCCAAGAGCAAGCAAAAUGAGGGCAAGUCCGACAGCCUGGAAAAAAUUGAGAAGCGGGUGCAAGCGCUGAACACAGUCAACCAGAGCAAGAGGGCGACGCCGCCCAUCCCCUCCAAGCCCCCCGGGGGCUUCGGCAAGGCCUCGGGUGCUGGCGCCGUGAAGAUGAGGAAUGGCGUGCGGCAGGUGGCGGUGAGGCCCCAGUCGGUGUUUGUGUCCCCGCCCCCCAAGGACAACAACCUGUCUUGUGCCCUGAGGAGGAACGAGUCGCUCACAGCCACAGACGGCCUCCGGGGUGUCCGCCGGAACUCCUCCUUCAGCACCGCGCGCUCCGCGGCCGCCGAGGCCAAGGGCCGCCUCCCCGAACGGGCCGCCAGCCAGGGCUCGGACGCGCCCCUGCAGCCCGCCCAGCGCAACGGCAUCCCUGUGUCCCCGGUGCGCCCCAAGCCCAUCGAGAAGUCCCAGUUCAUCCACAACAACCUCAAAGAUGUAUAUGUCUCGAUCGCGGACUAUGAGGGGGAUGAGGAGACGGCGGGCUUCCAGGAGGGGGUGUCCAUGGAGGUCCUGGAGAAGAACCCCAACGGCUGGUGGUACUGCCAGAUCCUCGAUGGGGUGAAGCCCUUUAAAGGCUGGGUGCCCUCCAACUACCUUGAGAAAAAGAACUAGCAGAGGGCGCGGGUCCUUCCAGCCUCCGUGUGGAUGUGGUGAGAGAAGACAAAAGGGGAAGGGAAGGUGGGAGGGGGGUGGGGGGAGGCCAACCUUAAACCCUGCAGAAUAUGUACCCUCAGAGAUGCCCCCCUCCAGUCUGUCCUCCAGGUGGAAGGUGGGCUCUGGAGGGGACACACGUCAAGCAGGGAUGGGCAGGGGACCAGCGGCCCCAUGUGCACUUUGAUGACUUCGCAUCCGGAGCCAUUUGGGAUAGACCAUGUUGUGCCUGGGCCACAGAUCCGGAGACGAUGUGGCCAUGGGGGCCCAGCCCAGUUUCCGCCACCGGUGUCUUGCCACCAGAGGUAGCCCUUGUAUCACCCCGAUCUGUAUCUGGGAAUGGUGCUUGUACCCCAGGAACUGCCUCGCCCACUGGGGUGGGUGCGCUGGAAGACAGGCAGCACCGACUCUGGGGCUGGGAGGCAUCUCCUGUGAGCGCAGCCUGUCCCUGGGCCAGGCCACUGUCUAUGCUGUUAGUUGACGUAAAAGCAGUUCUGCAAGUGCAGCAAGGACCCCUUUCUUAGCUAUCCCCACCCCUGACCUUGGGAGAACCUGCCCUGCCCUGUAGAGGGCCACCAGCCCCAGAGUUUGCCAAGGGUAGCAGCAAAGCCAUUGGUCUCUUCAGUCUGCACAGACUUUAUUUUGGAUAUUUCUGGGGAGCGGAGGUUCUUUCCUUUGCAUGUUUUCGAAGAGGUUUAUUGAUUUGGGGUGUCUGUUGAGCCUUCGGUUUCGGUGUUAUUUUAGGAGUCGAUUGGGGGCCUAAGGGCGGUCAGCCUCACGGGAGGGGAUUGGUCGAGGGCGGGGCUCUUCUGUCCUGCCCUGGCGGGGAGGUGGUUUGUCUUACGUUUCACAAUCUUCCUUUCCACAAGUCAAAGUCGUUUCAUUUGGUUCCCACGGUGCAGGCAGCAGCAAGUGCGGUGCUUGCCGGAGGGGUAAGGGGCUGGGGAAGCCCCAGAUCCCAUAGGGGGCAAAGCACAGACACUGCUCUGAUUCUUGCCCAGCCUCGGUGGGCACACCUCUCCCCAGGAGGGAGGAGGGUUUGUUCAGGAGAAGAGAACACUCCCUGCUGCUGGUUGACGGCCUUCUGCGUUCAGUUCUCCCGCCUGGGCAGGAUCGCAAAGCUUACAUGUGAACUGUGGAAAAGCAACCAAUGCCCCUACCCUAGGCUCAGGGGACCCCAACUGGGCCCCCCAGGGCCAGACUGGAGCAAACACCACCAGCCACCCCCCUGGCCUACAGGCGAUGCCACAGGUGCCCAAAGAGAUGGAGGACCCCCGAGCCAGGAGCCGACCUGGUCUUCCAGAGGGGCGGUGCCCCUGCAAAGAGAAGCAAAAGAAUAAAGUCCCUGUCAACUUUGGGUUGUGUCUUUCAAUCGUUGAGAUUUCAGAGGGGACCCUCUAAAAGCCGAAGGGGCUUCGCCAAGGACUCACCCUUUGCUGGGAGUGGAUUUCCACACGUGCCUUUGAUUUCAGAGAGACGAGCUUCACAGCCAUGGAUUCAGCUUCCAGAAUACUGGACUAAGGCUUGGUGUUCUCCACAAAGGAGGAAAGGUCUUCCCCCACCCCGCUGCCCAUCCGGGCAGUAUAUUCUGCCUGAAGAUCAGCCCGGGACCCAGCAUCUUGGUGCCUUCAAUACCCCCACACCCCAAGGCCUUGCGCGGCCACCUCCCCCUGCCCUGGCCCCUCCCAUACACUGAAGACUGGCAGCUACAGCAAACUGCUCGAGUUCUUUGUCGAAGGGUGGGCCAUGGCGAGAUCAUUUUGUUUCCUUUUGUUUUGUUUGUCAGUUUGUUUAACAUUGAAAUUAGUUAUUUUCUUCUGCUGGACAGUAUUAAAUAGAGCAGGAUGUUGAGUUAAUCUGCUAGAUUGCAGUACUAAUGGUAGUGGUUUAGUGUCUUCAUAGUAUUAUUAUUUGGACUUAUUUGAACAAUAAUGAUAAAGAAGUGGUUCAUUAUUUUUUAAUUAAUGCACUUUAAUAAGUAGAAUGGAAAGAAACCCAGAGAGCAAAGUGCAUUACUUAAAGAUGCAGUAUAUACUUUUCUCAUUUUUAAACAGCACAUAUUUAUUAAAAGAAAAAAAAGUAAUUUAUGAUUAUUUAAAAUAAAAUUUAAAAGUAGAGUGACUGUCGGGUUAAAGGACCUUCCACGUAGCUAUCUUCCAGGGGGAAGGCCCCAGCGGCCUCACUCCUCAUAUGUCUGCACUGAGCCAGUUCAAUCAGUCAAGUGCCAGCCAGGCCAGGAAGGAGUGCAGGACACAGCUGCCAUGCGCAGAGCAUCUCAGUUGGACUGGACCACACUGCUCCCCAGAGCCUGCCUUUCCCUCCCCUUCCUCACUGUCUGCACUGCCCCCUGGGGCUCUCCACCACCCCCAAGGCCCCUGUUCUCCCAGUUCCCCCCGUGCUCUGAGUGGUAGUCAUUAAACAUGACCUUGAAGGUCGUUGCUCUCGUCCUAUUAUUGCCAGCCCAAAGACAGACAAUUCCUCUCCCCAAGGCGCAUAGCUAGUUAGCAGCAGGGCUCCCCACUGCAGCAGUCCUUGCGCUCCCCCCACCCACAGCGUGGUUUAGUGUGCGGUCCUCGUGUUUACAUUGUGACAUCCAGCCCUCGGGAUGGCUGGGAGUUGCUCAGGCAUCCAGGAGAAGUGGGAACUGCUACCACCUGGUGACGGCAUGUAGAUUUGGGCAGUGAACAGGGAUUGCCAGGCCCCAUCUUUACACCUCACCCCUCACAUCGCCCCCUAACUCACAGUACGGCACAAGCCCAAAGAGAAUAGUAAUACUUGAAGCAAGAAGGGUGCAUGCCAGUCCCUCUCAGUCAUGGCCAGCGAGUGCCAGGCCUUGUGCCUCUGGACUCCUAGCUCUACCCGGGGCAGGAGGCCUUUCCCUAGAGCUACUGAGCUGCUUUGUGAUGUUGGAGAGCACUGCCGGCAGCAGUGGAGCGGGCAGGGGGCCUGUAGCUCUGACCCAUCUGGAGGAAAACCAGAUCGGACUAAAAAUGGAAAAAUAAAAAUGAAAUCUCAGCAGUGUCCAAACCUAGUUUUCCAUUACUUGUGAUUGAAAAUGUGAAAUGACAUCGUAUUGCUGUAUACUGCAACUUUAAUCAUAAUGAGCCCUUCUGAGGUCAUUAUUGAGGUUUAUAUAAUGCCCGAAGAUGCAUCGUUUGGUGCUUUUUUCUUUCAGUUUAAACUUUUUUCUUGUGUUUCAAGGGGGAAAAUGUCUUCAUCUCUCUCCCACUUUACAACAGGCCUGGCUGGGCUCCCUGGCCCUCCAUGCUGUUCCCACUAGGCCAAAGGGCCGUGGGGGUAGCAAGAGGACGCUGGAAGGGUAGCCUGAGCAGCAGGUGUGCCUCCUGCCCCUCAGGGUUUUCCCCUCUGGGGGCUGUAGCCAGGCUCUCUCCAGAGCGCUCUGUCCCAUCCACCCCUACCUGGCCCCAAAGGCUUUACUUUCUUCCUCGGUUCUGUCAUGACGAAGGCAUUAUAUAGAAUCGUUUAAUCACUUUCAGAUGUUAGAGCAGCAUAUUUUACUGGCAUUUAUAUCCAUCGCUUUCCUCAGCAAGGCAUGUUACUACUUUUAUCAUCUAAGGAGAAAAUACAAGGGAAUUUCGGUCAAGCAUUAUUUUCAUAUUACUAGUAUUUGCAGAGUAGGCGUAGAACUAUUUAAGUUUAGACCUUGGUUUGGUAGUUUGUUUUGUUUUUAAGGAAAAAAAAACAGAUAAAGUAACCCCUAUUUUUUUUCUGUUUUUGUAUUUAAUAUAUUAUUUCUUUAAGGUUACUCACUUCUCCCACCUUCUCCAAAUACUUUGCAUUCUCAAUAGAAAAUGAAAACAAUCUGAGAGACAGGAAAAGUGCAAUAUUAUCAAGAGGGAUGCCAAGGCUUGUUGGGACAGUGGUGGGAGGCCCAGGGGCACGGUCAGCCGAGGGGGAGGGAGGAGGCGGGGCUCCUGGGUAGUAACUGGGCGUCAGGCAAGUGGCCUGGUAGGUAAUGAUCUCUAGCCCCGCUUCUCUCCCCCUCUCCUGCCCUGGCAAGGUAGCAGGGGUCCCCUCCAGAGGGUAGCCCCUUUUCCUACUGGGUCUCAUCUACCCAGAAGAAAGGGAUUCAGGGAAACGGCCUGGGGUUCUUGCCCUUAGAACAGAGCAAGGGUACCCAAGAACCCUUCCUGGUCUUCAUUCCCGCUGUUUUUCAGCCAGCUGCACAGAAAGACCUGCCUAAAAGUCACUCCCGGCAGCCCCCUCUCACCCCAGUCUGCUGAUGUUUGGGCCAUGAUCCUUUUGAUGUAUGUCUGAGUCUAUCUAAAACUAUGUAACCUCAGUUCAGUUUAUGGGCUGGAACCCUAGAUGUAACCAAAUCCUUUUUAGGGGAUGUGGGUGCCUACAUACCCCAGUCAGACAUUGAUUCCCCCAAGCCUGCAGCUAGCCUGGUGCUGUGCCCCGGCCACCCAUUCAUCUCAAUGACUUCAGCCUGAGGAGUGAGCCCUGCCUCUGCGCAGCACCCCCAAACAGUCCCAGAGGGUCUCAGAAAAGUUUGAGAGAUCCAUUCAGGUCUCUGCAGACAGAACUUCCCAGCGUAGGUACCAAGCCACUCUCCUCCUAACCAGCGCUAGCAGGGAAAGCAGCAGGCCGGGAAGUCUGGGCCUGAGCCCUUGGAGCUUAGUCCCUUCUGCUUCAGUACUGUAUGCCUGCUGCUCUGACCCCUCGGCUGGUGAAUUUGUGGAGAGAUGGAGCUGUGUGCCAGAGUGAGACUGGCCUGUGGGGAGAAGUCUAGGAGUUGGGGGGUGUCUUUCCUUGAAGAGUACACACCUAUAUGGCCAAACUUUGAGAAUCUCCGUGCAGCACUUCUCUGGAAAGAAUCAUCCACAUCGCUAAAAAAAUUGAUUCCCUCGCUUUUUUGAGGGCUGUGUGUUGUUAAGUGUGUAUGUGUGUAUGUGUGUGUGUUUGUGUGUGUGUGUGUGCACUCUUGCAUACACACAUGUACGUGUGAGUUGGUGAUUUCCCACUUGAACGAAAUAACAUGGGGUUAGAGAAAAAAAUACUGGGCAAGCUGUCUCCAUUGAACAAGUCCUUGGCAUUGGGCAGGCCCCACGGGACUGGCAGCUUCUGGCAGCAAGUAUGUGUUAUUCACACACAUGAUUCUGGCUGGAGAGUGCAAUGUGUUUGGUUUGGUAAUUAUUUUUGUUAAGUAUUUAGUUUGAAACUUCACACUGGCAUUAACAGAUCUAGCAGCAGCAGCCUAGGCCAUCAUCCUGGCUCCAAAAUGAAGAUGCAAAAGAGAUGCCACUGGGUCUAGAAGCGCUGUGGUUAACCUGGGUCACCCCUGCAGAGGUGCUAGCUAGCAGGCAGGCUCCCACCAUUCCCAUGCAUGUGGACACUGGGAGUCCUCCCAGAAUAAAGCUGCUGGCCCUUGGUGGUGUGUUUCUGGGCCAGGUCAGGAGCACUGGUUCACGGUGAGCUCAGCAGACCUGCAUAUGCAUCUGCAUCACCGCCUGGGUCUAGACUACAACCCCAGUGAGCACCUCAUGGGAAUAGUGUAGCGGGCUCCCCUUCAAUCUGACUGAGCUUUUUGCCUGUAUCAUGAUCCAUUUGGGGGCAGCCUCAUGCCUCAGUGAUUCUCAAGUUCUGUGAAUAAAGCCAGUGACAGAAAAGGGGUCAGUGACCUAUAGCCUCAUUUCAGAAAAAAAUAGUUCCACUGAUUUUAGCUUCCCUUCUGUUUUGUCCUACCUGGGAGGUGAUUACCACACAAUCCCUCUUCCCCAAUCCUAUCUUUUUAAUCUUGAGUUUGCACUUGACCUUGACAAUCAGUGACAGUCAACCCCUACUCCCAUUCCAGUCCUAGAACUUAGUGGCCUUAAAAAAUGGGCCCCUGUGCUGAAGGACCUGCCUUCCUCCCCGUUCCAUCCUGGCUCAUGGACCCAGGAGGCGAGAGAGAGAGAAUUGGUUUCAAGCAAAAGGACAGAUUGAGCAUGUUGGAGGUGAGUGAGAAGCACGUUGGUGAGCUGAGCGUGUGCAUGUUUGGGGUGGCUGGGGCCUACCAGCCCUUUCCUGGGAAGGAGGCUUCCAGAAGAAGAUGUCUUGUAGGCAGAAAAGAAAAAGGUAGAAGUCUAAGAGAGGGUGUAGAGUCUGGCAUUUGUCUUUACUAGAAAGAAGGAGAAGUAAAUUUUGUUUCAGAAGAGAGUUGAGGAGGGAAUGUAUUGAUUCAACACCAAGGGUCUAGCCAGAGCAGGUUGGAAAAGCCCCAAGAUUAGGCCAGCAAAGAAGUGGGCCCAAGGAAACAGCUACUUGCUGGGUCACAAGCAGGGUCCCCUGCAGGUUUGUAAUAAAUGAUCACAGACUUAGUGGGAAGGGGAGGUUGCCAGCAACAAACCAAUCUUUGAGUUUAAGGCCUUCGUUCCAGAACACUCACCAUCUCCCAGGUUUUGCCCACUCCCCUUUGUCCAACCCAGACCUAGCCUCUCAGGUUGCCUGACUCAGUUAGAGCCCACUGCACAACAGGCCAUGCGGUAGAGACCCCGGAUGCCCAAAUUGACCCCAGGGUCCAGACCCCAUGGAAGGAAGAGCCCUGAGAGGAAGGCCAUCUCUUAACUGUUGGCACCACUGGAGAACUGUUGUUCUCCAGUGGUACCUGCAGGGGCUGUUUACUAAGCCUGCCUCGCCAGCAUGAGUCAGGUGGCUAGGUACAGUGCACUCGUAAGUGGACAGGCCCCUUCAUUUGUAGUGACUGUCACCAAGAAUCUUAAGUGUUUUAGUCCCCCCAAAAAAGAAGGGUAAACAGAAGCCACCAUUCUUUAAUCUGCAACAGGUUUUCUUUAAACCCAGGACACGGGGUGAGGAAGGGAUUUACUGAGGGGUCUGCAGGAAAGUGACUUCCGAGGGUGGCAGAUGUGAAUGGCAGGCCCUGGGGAGUGGGUACAUGGACUUCGUGGUGAACGCAAACUGCUGGAUAUCUUGUGAGGCUCCAGACGGCUGGGGAAUUCCUCAUGGUGUCCACUCAGCUCCUCCCAGCUCCUGGUAGGCUCUGUGGGGCCAGAAGGAGGUUGCUCCCUCUCCCCUGUCAGCAGAACAACUAAAGAAAAGGACAUUGAAUUUAGGAUGGUCAAUUGACUGCUAAAAAUUUUCCAAUGGUGGUGCUAAACUAUUUUCAUGUUUUUAGCAUUUUUAAUAGUGGGUUUUUCUUUUUAAUGUUCUCAUCACAAAUGCAGUGUCCAUGGGGGAGGGACCCAGCUCCUUGGCCUGCCACUUUCCAGGUGUCCUUUAUCACUUUGACGGGACUCGUUGGUCUGCAGAAAAAGCUCUGUUUUGGCAUGCUUCUAGACUGUAAGAUUUGGGUUUUGUUUUGUAUUUUAUGUUUACAUGCAUCUUGUAUUUCCUUGAGAACUAAAUAAAGUUUUUGGCCUUUUUAACGGAACAGAAUCAUCUCUUAAUUCUCCCUGCCACCAGAAAACCCAUCCAGCUCAAUUGCAAAAGCCACAUUAUCCUGAACGCAG